AGCGCAGACAGAGGAAGAGGAGAGGAGUUUCCCCUCUCGUAUCAACAGAAGGAGAUGCCCAACUGCUACAUCUUCAGUCCUACCUCUUCCCAUUUAUGAUACUUGGAGUAUUUUUAGAGGUUUUCGUCGUUCUUUGGGAUUUUAUUUUGUUUUCACCGGAUAAAAAGCUGCCGUUAGCGAAAAACUAAAGGCCAGAUGAACGGAGCAGCCUUCCCCUCCCCCACGGCUGAGAUGGCCGAGAUGAACAGGAUCCAGUACGAGCUGGAGUAUACCGAAGGCAUCAGCCAGAGGAUGCGCAUCCCAGAGAUGCUCAAAGUUGCUCCUCAGACCCAUGAGGAUCCUAAUCUGGGAUCUCAGGAGGUCCCACACAGUGUCAUGAUGCAGGUCCCUGAGAGGAUCGUGGUGGCAGGCCAGUAUUCAGGAGACAGUACUGACCCCCAGUUCCCAAGACCCAGAGACCUGGACCUCAUCCAGUCAACACCCCUGGAGAACCUGUCGCUGAAGACACCACCCAGAGUCCUCACCCUCAGUGAGCGGCCCUUGGAUUUCAUGGAAGAGGAGCAGAGGGCAGCUCAAGACAACGAGGAGGGGUUACGACCACAGGGACGAUUACGGCGGGAACGCUCAGCCAGUGAGAACACUGCUCGUCAAAACAGUCAGCUGAUGCGUAAUGAUUCGGGUGCGACCCCGUCCCCCUCAGCCACUGUCCAACCCUGCCCCCCUCUCACCGUGACCGAAGAAGAACACAACCUGUACAGCGCUAGCGGCGUUCUUUCUUUCAUCCAGUCCACCACUCGUCGGGCCUACCAGCAGGUCCUGGAGGUCUUGGAUGAGAACCCUCGCAGCAAACCAUCACUGCGAGGGGGGUCGGCAUCAAGCUCCAACCCCCUGCAUGAAACCAGACUUGCCCUGUCAUCGUAUGAAGCCUCAAUGGACGGAGGAUCAGAUGAUAUGACCGUUGUGGAUGCAACAACGCUUCGCCGCCAGCUCAUCAAAUUAAACCGGAGACUCCAACAUCUGGAAGAAGAGAACAAGGAGCGAGCCAAGCGGGAGAUGAUCCUGUACUCUGUCACUGUAGCUUUCUGGCUGGUCAACACCUGGGUGUGGUUACGGCGUUAGAGCCGGCGUUGGAGCCGGUGUGUAUUUCUGCCGUCACCCAUGACAGAGGAACAUACUAUACCCCUUAUUUUAUGUGUCAAAUGUUAGCUUUGCGCUGCACUCAGUCCCUGUGCAAGGUAGACGUCGACACGAAUGCACUAGUCUGUUUGGCACAGGGCUGAUCUUCUGAUUUUGGUUUAUUUAAAAACAUGUACAGUUUUAUUUUUUUACUCUUUUUUGUCCUGUCUCAUGUUUUCAUGUUUUGGAUUCAUUGGAAAUCUUCCUGCUCAUAGCUAAGCAUGACCUGUUGUAAAUAUUAGCUCCUUUCACUCCACAGAUACAGUAGAGCAUAGUUCACCAGUGAAGGAACGAGGCACUGAAAUAUGGAGACCAAACAUGUUGAAUAUUUAUUGUGGAGAGGCUGAAGCUGGGAAAUGUAAAUCAUUUAGUAAAUCUAUACAUAUUA